AUGAUAAGAUGGAUUCCUGGAUCGGAAGAUUUAUUCAUCGCCAUAUUCAGCAAUGGUACAGCUUUAAUCAUGGAUAGAGAAAGAGAUGAUCAAUCCUUCAUUAUACCCGAAGCAUCAUCAUGGGAAAAAUCAGAAUUUCAUGCUGUUCGCCCUCAUAGAAGCUCUAAAUAUAAUCCUGUUUCCUUCUGGAAAGUCAGUGAACGAGGUCUAACGGAUAUAGCGUUUGCGCCGGAUGGUGUACAUUUAGCAAUUACAGGUGUUGAUGGACAAUUACGUAUCAUUGACUACAGAAACGAAAGAUUAACGGACAUAUUUUGCAGCUAUUACGGUAAAUUAAGCUGUGUCGAUUGGAGUCCUGAUGGUCGCUAUAUUCUGACAGGUGGAGAGGAUGAUCUUGUUACAUUAUGGUCGUUUAAUGAAAAGAAAAUGGUGGCACGGUGCCAAGGACAUAAAUCAUGGGUUACAGGAGUCGCUUUUGACCGGUGGAGAUGUGAUGCUGAGACUUAUCGUUUUGGUAGCGUAGGAGAAGAUUGCAAUUUAGUACUGUGGGAUUUCUCUUAUAGUGCGCUUCAAAAGCCAAAGCAUCCUCGAACAACAAUACCAACAACAUCCACAGCUCAAUCCUUACCCCCGCCUACAAUCGCACCAGUGGCAGCAACUACAGCUGAACCACCCGUUUCUGCUAUUAUACCCUCGCCAACAUUUCCAAAUCAAAUGGAGCGUAAAAAAUCUUUACGCAAUCAUAGACUGUUUCGUGGAUUUUCAAGCUCUGACAGCAAUACUAAUAGCAGCAACCCUCUUUUUAGUACAAGUAGCGGCAAUGGUUCUUCAUUUAAUCGGUUCAGAAAGAGAUCAUCAAGAUCCAGCAACAUAUUCAAUAAUACUGGCAACGACUACCAUGAUGAAGUUUUAAGUGGCGAUGCUUUUCAACAGCACGCGCCUGUAAUGCAUCCUGUCGUGAAAAAGAGUCAGGCAGCUAUUUUAUUACCCACCACUGUCAGAACAAUUCAUAGUGAUCCAUGUCUAUCGUUAACAUUCAAAGAAAAUACACUGAUAACUACUGAUAGAAGAGGCAAAAUUCGUACUUGGGGCAGGCCUCAAGGAUGA